AUGGCCACAGUGUGUGACCUUGAGCAUCGUGCAGAGCUGGCUCAGCAAGACCGCAGGGAUAAAGAUGAGCUGUUACAGAAGGUCGCCACAUUAGAGCACCUGAAAGAGACAAUGGAGAAAGAGAACAGAAACCUGGUGGCAGCAGUUGAGGAUCUGAGCAAGCAGGAUAAGAACACUAGUGCCAAGCUGGCCCUGCUUGAAUCUGAAAUAGACAAAAAACAGACAGUGAAUGAAAAUCUGAGAAUUAAAGUUCUUGAGCAGCAGGAAACUGAGACAAGACUAACUGAAGAAAAUCAGAGCCUGACGACUGAGGUGGCCCACCUUCAAUCUCUGACAAAGGAAAAACAAGGAGAGCUUGCCAGUCUGAUUGAAGAUGUGCGUGAACUUCGGCAAGACAACACAUUGCUGAAAAAUGAAAAUGACUAUAUGUUGAAUGAGUUGUGUUACCUUAAGCCACUCACACGCACACAAAACAAAGAGAUUGAAAAGCUGAUGGCCACAAUGCAUGACCUUGAGCAUCGUGUAGAGUUGGCUCAGCAAGACUGCAGGGAUAAAGAUGAGCUGUUACAAAAAGUAGCCACAUUAGAGCACCUGAAAGAGACAAUGGAGAAAGAGAUCAGAAACCUGGUGGCAGCAGUUGAGGAUCUGAGCAAGCAGAGUGAGAACACUAGUGCCAAGAUGGCCCUGCUUGAAUCUGAAAUAGACAAAAAACAGACAGCGAAUGAAAAUCUGAGAAUUAAAGUUCUUGAGCAGCAGGAAACUGAGACAAGACUCACUGAAGAAAAACAGAGCCUGACUGCUGAGGUGGCCCAACUUCAAUCUCUGACAAAGGAAAAAGAAGGAGAACUUGCCAGUCUGAUGAAAGAUGUGCGUGAACUUCAGGAAGACAAAGAAUUCCUGAACAAUGAAAAUAACUCCAUGGCCGAUGAGUUGCGUUUCCUUGAACCUCUGACACAGACACAAAAGAAAGAGAUUGAACAGCUGAGGGCCACAGUGUGUGACCUUGAGCAUCGUGCAGAGCUGGCUCAGCAAGACCGAAGAGAUAAAAAUGAGCUGUUUCAGAAGGUGGCCACAUUUGAGCACCUGAAAGAGACAAUGGAGAAAGAGAACAGAAACCUGGUGGCAGCAGUCGAGGAUCUGAGCAAGAAGAGUGAGAACACUACUGCCAAGAUGGCCCUUCUUGAAUCUGAAAUAGACAAAAAACAGACAGCGAAUGAAAAUCUGAGAAUUAAAGCUCUUGAGCAGCAGGAAACUGAGACAAGACUAACUGAAGAAAAUCAGAGCCUGACUGCUGAGGUGGCCCAACUUCAAUCUCUGACAAAGGAAAAAGAAGGAGAACUUGCCAGUCUGAUGAAAGAUGUGCGUGAACUUCAGGAAGACAAAGAAUUCCUGAACAAUGAAAAUAACUCCAUGGCCGAUGAGUUGCGUUUCCUUGAACCUCUGACACAGACACAAAAGAAAGAGAUUGAACAGCUGAGGGCCACAGUGUGUGACCUUGAGCAUCGCGCAGAGCUGGCUCAGCAAGACCGAAGAGAUAAAAAUGAGCUGUUACAGAAGGUAGCCACAUUUGAGCACCUGAAAGAGACAAUGGAGAAAGAGAACAGAAACCUGGUGGCAGCAGUCGAGGAUCUGAGCAAGCAGAGUGAGAACACUAGUGCCAAGAUGGCCCUGCUUGAAUCUGAAAUAGACAAAAAACAGGCAGUGAAUGAAAAUCUGAGAGUACAAGUUCUUGAGCAGCAGGAAACUGAGACAAGACUAACUGAAGAAAAUCAGAGCCUGACUGCUGAGGUGGGCCACCUUGAAUCUCUGACAAAGGAAAAACAAGGAGAGCUUGCCAGUCUGAUGAAAGAUGUGCGUGAACUUCAGGAAGACAAAGAAUUCCUGAACAAUGAAAAUAACUCCAUGGCCGAUGAGUUGCGUUUCCUUGAACCUUUGACACAGACACAAAAGAAAGAGAUUGAACAGCUGAGGGCCACAGUGUGUGACCUUGAGCAUCGUGCAGAGGUGGCUCAGCAAGACCGAAGAGAUAAAAAUGAGCUGUUACAGAAGGUAGCCACAUUUGAGCACCUGAAAGAGACAAUGGAGACAGAGAUCAGAAACCUGAUGGCAGCAGUCGAGGAUCUGAGCAAGCAGAGUGAGAACACUAGUGCCAAGAUGGCCCUGCUUGAAUCUGAAAUAGACAAAAAACAAGCAGCGAAUGAAAAUCUGAGAGUACAAGUUCUUGAGCAGCAGGAAACUGAGACAAGACUCACUGAAGAAAAUCAGAGCCUGACUGCUCAGGUGGGCCACCUUGAAUCUCUGACAAAGGAAAAACAAGGAGAGCUUGCCAGUCUGAUGAAAGAUGUGCGUAAACUUCAGGAAGACAACAAAUUCCUUAGAACUGAAAAUGAUUGUGUUGUGGAUAUGUUGUCUUCCCUUGAAUCUCUGAAACGCACACAAAACAAAGAGAUUGAACAGCUGAGGGCCACAGUGUGUGACCUUGAGCAUUGUGCAGAGCUGGCUCAGCAAGACCGCAGGGAUAAAAAUGAGCUGUUACACACGGUCGCCACAUUUGAGCGCCUGAAAGAGACAAUGGAGAAAGAGAUCAGAAACCUGGUGGCAGCAGUCGAGGAUCUGAGCAAGCAGGAAAAGAAGACUUGUGCCAAGAUGGCCCUGCUUGAAUCUGAAAUAGACAAAAAACAGACAGCGAAUGAAAAUCUGAGAGUACAAGUUCUUGAGCAGCAGGAAACUGAGACAAGACUAACUGAAGAAAAUCAGAGCCUGACUGCUCAGGUGGGCCACCUUGAGUCUCUCACAAAGGAAAAACAAGGAGAGAUUGCCAAUUUGAUGGAAGGCAUGCGUGAACUUCAGGAAGACAACAAAUUACUUGGAAAUGAAAAGGAUUGUGUCGUGGAUAAGUUGUCUUCCCUUGAGUCUCUGACACAGAAGCAAAAAAAAGAGAUUGAAGACAACAACUUUCUGAUUGACAGUCUGGUCAACGAUUUGAGUGGGCUUCAGGAAGAAAUCAAAACAAUUAGAAAGAAAAAUAAGUCCAUGGACAAUGAGUUGCGUGUCCUUGAACCUCUGAUACUGAAACAAAACAAAGAGAUUAAACGGCUUAGGGCCACAGUGUGGGACCUUGAUCAUCGUGCAGAGGUGGCUCAGCAAGACCGCAGGGAUAAAGAUGAGCUGUUACAGAAGCUAGCCACAUUAGAGCAACUGAAAGAGACAAUGGAGAAAGAGAUCAGAAACCUGGUGGCAGCAGUCGAGGUUUUGAGCGAGCAGGAUAAGAACACUAUGUACCACCCCAAGAAGCACAAACUUCGAGUGGUAUUCGACUGCGGUGCUUCAUAUCAGGGAACCACACUCAACGAACAACUGCUGCAAGGGCCUGACAUGACAAGCAGCCUGAUUGGCGUCUUAACACGAUUCCGGCAGGAGCCAGUUGCAGUCAUGGCCGAUGUGGAGUCUAUGUUCCACCAGGUCAAGGUCCCACCUGAAGACGCAGAUUUUCUCAGGUUUUUAUGA